CUUAAAUUAGAAAUAAAUGGCUGUUCACAUAUAUAUACUUUUUUACAACAAGGUGUUAAAAAAAGAUGAGUAGAGAUAAAUAUCAAUAGAUAGGCUUCGGUGUUCAAUAUACAGACAGUUUCCAAUAUAAAUGAUAUUUUGAUUUGAUCCACGCACUAUUAGGUUUAUAUAAGGAAGUUUUCGAAGAUUCAUAAAUUUGAUCACUACAUAUAUAAAUAAGUUUAGAUUCUGGGCAUCCGUAGGAGUGGUUUCUUUCUAUGACGAGGAUAGAAUACUAUCAUUUAUCAAACAUUGUUAAACCAGCCACAGUAUGUCUUUAUCCAAGUGCUAUACCUCUACACCAGAAACAACAAACACUGCUCGACUGGCGAGGCUUAUACUGGGUCCUUGUACUGAUGUGUUACGUGACAUCCUAAAGACAGAAGUGUUACCAUCUGAUUUGUCAAAAAAGGUUAAAGAAUUUACAGAUAAAGUCCCACGUGGACAAAGAAAUCCCCUCAACAAAUCACAAUCAGAGAUAAUAUUCCCCAAACCAACAAAACAAUACAGUGGUGAUUAUUCAGACUUAGACAUAUCUUUAUUGUAUAUGCUUAUACGCAAUGUAAGUACAAUACCAGCGCAUUAUAAAGGUUGGGGAGAGAUUCCGGACCCAGGAGAUAGAAGGGUGGCAGCUAACAUUGAAAGAAUUCGCCUCAUUAGAAACCAGUAUUACGGACAUUCAGCUGACCUGUCUCUAUCCGAUUCAGAAUUUAAACAGGAAUGGCGAAACAUCCGGGACAUUGUAGUGGAGCUAGAGCGACACCUAGGAACCACUACGAUAUACCAGGAUGCAGUCAACACAAUAAAAACCUGCUCCAUGGACCCAGAACAAGAGAAAAAAUACAUAGACUUACUUGGAGAUUUCAGAGAACUUCAUACAACUGUGAAUGAUCUAUCGGAUAAUAUGAAGAUUAUCCAAAGGGAUUUGGUGCUUCAUGAUCUACGAGUUGCAAGAAAGAUCGAAACAACGACACAAAUGAUACAAAAACAUUAUGAAGUCGUAGGUCAUCUAUUUGUAAAAACCCGUGCGUUUGAUAAAGUGAAGGAACUGUUGGACGAAAACGGGUAUGUCGUCAUCAAGGGGAACCCUGGAACUGGAAAAACCACAAUCGCUAAGAUGUUGAUGAAAGAAUUGAUGGAGGAUGGAAAAUCUCCACUUCAGCUUUACAGGUUGACAGAUUUGUAUGGAAGCAUUUUACCAGGUGAUGGUAUAGUGGUAUUCAUUGACAAUUUAUUUGGAGAGAUAUGUUUGUCCAGCGAAACUGUUAAAGACUUUAAAGCAAUAGAAGAGACAAUUAAAGUGUUGAUUGAGAGUCAGAUAGAUAGUAAAUCAAACAGAUUGAUAUUUGCUCUAAGAAAUGAUAUAUAUCAGGAAUAUGUACAAAACGAAUGCAAAGACGAGGACGAUUUUUUUAUGUCGUCCUUGGUUGAUCUAUCAAGCAAGAAAGAUGCAUUGCUAAAGGAAGAAAUAAUACAUUUAUCAGAAAAAUAUGAAUUGUCUAAAUACAUAGAAGACAGAGAACUUAUCGAUAAGGUCUAUGAAAUGCCAUUAGCUAUAGGGUUUCCACAAUGUUGUAAAUUGGCAAGUGGUAAUGAAACUUUUAAGGAAAAUAUAUCUGCCUUUUUACCAAAUACAUUGAUCUUUUUGAAAGACUACUUCAAAACUCUAAUGAAAAAUCGAACUGUAAAAAUCGCUGUUUUAGUAUAUCUACUUCUGAGAGGAGGAAAAGUAGAAUUCAAAUUGAUUGAUAACCUUCAUCUUGAUUUAGAGAUGAAACGCGACUCUUUAGAAUUUGUAGGUCUACAUAACUCAUAUAUCAACGAUUUUCAGGACAAUAUUCAUUGUUUUGAAGGGUUUUUAAUAACUCAUGACACGAUAGAAAAUACCUAUAAAUUUACACAUAGUUCAGUGCAGCAAUCUCUUUUCAGGAACAAAGAUUAUUUCAAAAUGUUGCCCGCCGCAUUGCAAAUAUCAUUGUAG